GCGUGUUCCCGACACCUCACCGGUGUCUACGCGCGGUCAGCCAACUGAGCAGAGACCUGGAGGAGAUCUGCUCUCUGCACGGUCGCAACCUUUUCGAGUCCAACGUGCAUCGUCAGGGACGUCAGUCCGGUUUGUACUUUAUGGUCACAUGACCUUUGCUCGGUGAAGGAGCCGCUGCUGGUCCGGUUCCAGGGAUUAUACGACCGGGUGCAGCUUUGUUCAAAGGUGUCGACAAUGCACCGAGCUGAAAAGCAUGUGACGAUAACCAUAACCCGUGGCCAUGUUUGCAAUACGCAUGCAGAGCUGCAGAAUUCCUCAGGUUCAGGUUUAUGUAUGUUUCAGGUGCGUCGAGCGUUGGAAAAAACGUGAACCAUUGGACUUAAAGCGCCCCGCCCCGCGAGGCAAACACACUCCCUCCUACUACCCUCUGGUCCCGUGAUCCCAUAAACACACACACACACACAGAUACCACCUGCUGCAUGUGUGUGUGCAUUAUGGUAACUAAUAGUGGGGUGUGAGGGAAAUUACAGUUCUGAAGACGUCUCCGGGCUCAGGAGAGGGAGGGUUCUGGUGAGGAGGUCACGGUGCUGACGGUGCAUCUGCAUUCACGCUCAUUCGUACAGCAGCAGAGCCGCCAAGGACCCGAGUGCGACUGAACGGCUCCGACCGCCCGCAGGAGUGCAUACGCGGUUGUUGGUGCACCGGUGUCAUUGUGUGGCUUUUCUUCUGUGGGAAGUGAGGCAAUGGCCUCCCUCGGGUGUUUCCCGUUGCCAGAAGAACAGUUCCAGUGCAGCGUGUGCCAGCAGGUGUUCACCGACCCGGUCACCACGCCCUGCGGACACAACUUCUGCCGGGCCUGCCUCCGGGCGGCGUGGGACGGCGGCGACGUCUGCCGGUGCCCCGCCUGCGACAAGCCGUUCACCCCCCGGCCGGAAAUGAGCAUCAACGCGGCCUUCAAGGAGCUGGCGGACGCGUUCAGGCGGGCGGCCGCCGCGGUCCGUCGGGCCGAACCGGGCGAGGUGGCGUGCGACGUCUGCGCCGCGACCUCCCUGCAGGUCGGGGCCCUGAAGUCCUGCCUGGUGUGCCUGACGUCAUACUGCGAAGCCCACCUGGAGCCCCACCGGAGGGUCGGCGCCUUGAUGGUCCACAAGCUGAUCGAGCCGGCGACCGGCCUGCAGGAGCGGAUGUGCCGGAAGCACGAGAGGCUGCUGGAGAUGUUCUGCAGGGACGAGAUGGAGUGCGUGUGCCGGUUCUGCACCGAGACGCAGCACAAAGGUCACCGGGCGGUGGCCGUGGAGGAGGAGAGCGGGGAGAGGAAGGUCCAAAUGAAGAAGAGCGAGGAGGAUUUCCAGCUGAUGAUCCAGGAACGCCUGAAGAAGGUGGAGGAGAUCCAAAGCUGCCUGAAGCUCAGCAACACAAAUACAGACACGGAGACGGAGGCGAGCGACCUACUCUUCGCGUCUCUGAUUCGCUCGGUCGAGGAGAGACAAGCGGAGGUCAACGCGGAGGUCAAGGAGAAGCGGGGCGACGCCGAGCGGCGGGCGGAGGAGCUCGGCGACGAGCUGCAGCAGGAGAUCUCCGAACUGCAGAGGAGAUGCGCCGAGCUGCAGGACCUGAGAGACAGCGAGGACCAUCUGAACGUCUUACAGAAGUCUCCCUCUCUCAUGUCACCUCCUCCCACCAGAGAUUGGGCGGAGAUCGACGUGGACCCUGAACUGUGCGUGGGGACGCUGAGGGGGGCGCUGUCCAAACUGGACCGCACCCUGACCCACGAGUUGGCCGGCCUGAAGAAGGAAGAGAUGAAGAAGAUGCAGAAAUAUGCAGUCGACGUGGUUCUAGACCCGGCCACGGCCCAUCCGAACAUCGUCCUCUCGCUGGACGGAAAGCAGGCGGGCCGCGGCGAGCUGCUGCACGUCGUCCCCGACAACCCCCAACGCUUCGACCCCGUCAUCUGCGUUCUGGCCAAGCGAGGCUUCCUGUCCGGGAGGUUCUACUUCCAGGUCGCCGUGGGGACGAAGACCUUCUGGGACCUCGGCGUGGUCAAGGAGUCGGUCAACCGGAAGGGGAUGAUCACCUCCAAUCCGGAGAACGGCUUUUGGACGGUGCGGCUCCGGGCCGGGGAAGAGUACCGCGCGUUGGACUCCCCCUCGGUCCUCCUCUCCCCCUCGGUCAAGCCGCGGGCCGUCGGAGUGUUCACGGAUUACGAGGAGGGCACCGUGUCGUUCUUCGACGCGGACGACAGGUCUCACAUCUACACCUUCGCCGGGUGCCUGUUCUCGGAGAGGGUCUUCCCCUUCUUCAGCCCGGGCGGUCUCGACGAAGGGAAAAAUACCGCGCCGUUGGUCAUCACGGAUGUUAACCACCUACGACCGUAAACUUGAGACGUAGGCUUCCAUGAGCCUUUGAUGGCGUUUCCGAAGAUCUCGACUUGCAGAACCGACUCAGUGUUUGAUAGUCUUGCCUCCUCGGUUUCUGGGGUUCUACCGCGAGUUCACCAGCAGAUCUCAAAGAUCAGAAUGCAUCGCAGCCUUGAACCUUUUAGCGCUCCUGUUCCAGUCUCUCAAGAAUAUGUAAUUCAGAUCUUUUGAGUGUUGGUCAUGGUGUACAUGGUGGCACCAGGUGGGGUUUGGCCCCAAAUGUGUAUUUAAAUUACAAAAAAAAACAUAUUUACUCACGAUCAAUAAAAAAUAGUUAGGAUUGAUUUAGUCAUUUGGUGUAAUUUAAAAUGUCCUCAAUCCCCUCAAAGAAAUACAGUCAUACUGGGACGUAACCCUGAGACCUUUGAACAAUGCAUAAUAAUACCAAAACCACUAUGACAUAUUAUGGGAUUGUAUUUGCAAUCCAGACUUUUAACUGGAUGUAACAUUGACAUUACAUGGACAAUGUUUACAGCUUUAAUCUUAAUGAUCAAAAAAUGUUGUGAGAAUAACGUCGACAUGUUUCAAUGCGUGUU